AUGAAUGUUAAAGAUGCGAAGGCUAGCUUUGAAGGUGCCCUGAAACAUGAACGAAACCGUCUUUCACUACGUUGUCUUUCAAUCAUCCUUCGACAAGAAAGUAGUGGCAAAAAGCGCAGUGAAGCAGUUUCCCCGAUCCUGAAAAGUGUUGAAUUAGCCAAGGAGGCAGUUUCGCAGGAUAUUAAAGAUGGUGUUUCAUGGGCAGUAUUGGGCAAUGCAUAUCUUUGCCAAUUCUUCACAGUAGCGCAAGAUCCAGCUACCUUGAAGUUGUGCUUGAGUGCAUACAAGCAAGCAUGGUUGGAUCCAAUAGCUAAAGGACAACCUGAUUUGUAUUACAAUAAAGGAAUUGCAUUAAAGUACGAAGAGCAUUACGAUGAGGCGUUGGAAAACUUCGAUUACGCCUGUCGUUUGGAUCCGCCGUGGCAGCCGCCACAAAUCGAACGCACAAAACUGGUGCAAGCCAAGCGCUUUGCACAAAUGGUGCAGUCCCUUGAUAAGAAGAUGCUCGAUGUUUACGGGCCGGGCAAUUUUCAUACAUUUGGUACGCGGCGUGACGUCCUUUUGGAGUAUUCACGUUUGGAUGCGUUAGUGGAAGGCGCUUAUGAGGGCAAGGUCGUGCUGGGGAGGGUGGCCGGCUCCAUACACAAUGGGAAUGCUGUUCCUUUCACAUUUGCCAUAGUUGACGAGAGUAAGGAGUGCGUUUGUGUGACUGUAUAUAACUGGGCAGAUGGACGUGGUGCGAUUAUUGGAGACUGUGUUGCCAUUCCGGAGCCAAAUCUAAGAGUGCACAAACUUGAUUCUAAACUAGCGACAUACAACUUUAAAUCAAUAAGGCUCCAUAACCCAAUGCUGCUACUAAUUAAUGGCAAACGAGUAACCAAUUUGCUUGCACCCGUGUUUCCAGCACGUACGAGAUUCACUGACCGACUCUGGCAUCUUCAAAAAGUAAUUAUAGUGCCUAUUGUACUAUCAACAACAGGCGCAAUACCGCAGCAAUUACACCAAUCUGUAAAACCCUAA